CUCCGGGAUGCCUCGAGAGGAAUGAAAGCCUGCCGAGCUCCUUCCUCUGGGUGUUUGGGAGCAGAUCCUGCCUGCCCGGCGGGGUGACUCCUCUGCGCUGUCUGUGCGCGUUCCCGUGCGUGCGCUGCUGCCAUCGCAGAUGUACCCCCAGCUGUCGCUUCCCCGCGCGCAGUCGCUCCCUCUCCCGCCUCUCUCCCUCUCCUUCCCUCUCCCCCUGUUUAUCAUUCACGGAGGAUUACGGCCCCUUUCCCACGCUGUCGUCUCGCUGUGCCUCCCUGCCCUCCAGGCUGGCUAGGGAGGGCUGCUGCCAGCCAGGCUCCGCCGAGAGCCCGGCCGACAGCGGCACUCGCUGCCGGAUUCGCUCCGGGAUCGUACGGGCUGCAGAGGGCUGCGAGAGCCGCCGUUCUCACGGGAGGGUCCAUUCCUGCCCGGGAGAGGAGCUGGCAGGCAGGCUGCAAGGUCAUUCCUCCUCCCCCUGGGGCCGUGCGCCAGCCUGGCUGGUGGAUGUGAAGGCACGCUGGAGAAGACCACGAUGCUGCCUACCAGCGCUGGCCACCGGUGGAGGAGCAGGUUCCUCAUGAGGUGGCAGGAGGCUUGUCUGCUUGGCUGCUGGCUCUCACUAUGUGCUGCUGAGUCCUUCUUUGCUUGUCCUUCCUCCUGCAAGUGUAACAGCGGCAACCUGGAAGUGGACUGCAGUGGCUUGGGCCUCUCUUCCAUUCCCUCAGACAUCCCCACAAACACCAGGACCUUCCUCUUUCUCAACAACAAACUCAGCAUCCUGCCAGGAGCAGUGUUUUCCAACCUCUCUGCUCUACAGAGGCUGGAUCUAUCCAACAACUUCUUGGACCAGCUCCCUCAGAACAUCUUCAGCGACCUGGGGAACCUCACAGAGCUCCAGCUGAGGAACAACAGCAUCCGGGCCUUGGACAAGGACCUGCUCCAACACACGGCCCUGCUGCGCCGGCUGGACCUCUCCAUCAACGGCUUGGCCCAGAUUCCUUCGGGCAUCUUUGACGACCUGCCCGCCCUCCGCUCCCUCUCCCUCAGGUCCAAUCGCCUGCAGAGCCUGGACAGGGUCACCUUCGAGCCUCUAACCAGCCUGCAGCAGCUCCAGGUCGGGGAUAACCCCUGGGAAUGCGACUGCAACCUCCGAGACUUCAAGCACUGGAUGGAGUGGUUCUCCUACCGAGGUGGGAAGAUCGACCAGCUGGCCUGCACCCUGCCCAAGGAGCUGAAAGGGAAGGACAUGCGAAUGGUGCCCAUGGAGAUGUUCAACUACUGCUCCCAGCUGGAUGACGAGAACAGCUCUACGGUGCUGGACAACACCGGCCCGCCUUGCACUAAAGGAAGCCCUGCCCCUUCCAAAUCGAAAUCGGGCCCAGAAACAGAAGUGGAGCCCAGUGUGGGGUGCCCUCAGAAACAGCGGUACCGGCCCGUGAGCGUGCGCCGGGCUAUUGGCACUGUGAUCAUUGCAGGCGUGGUUUGUGGCAUCGUUUGCAUCAUGAUGGUGGUGGCAGCUGCCUACGGUUGCAUCUAUGCCUCCCUCAUGGCCAAGUACCACCGGGAGCUGAAGAAGAGGCAGCCACUCAUGGGUGACGCGGAAGGAGAACACGAAGAGCAAAAACAAAUCUCUUCUGUGGCGUGAAACUGUUCUAGGAAGAAAGGGACAGCGAUGAGAAAAGGUACCUGAGAGCAGUCAAGCAUGGGGUCCUCCCAAAUUACAUCUUCCCAGACAGACUGUGCUAUUGCUCCACUCACCCAAGUAGUACAACAUGCUUCUGGGGGGUCAGGGCACCUGGCUCAAUUUCUUUUCCUCUGCCCUUUCACCCUUGGGCCCUCCCAGACAAAUAAAGUAGAGUCAGACCUCGA